UCAACGAAAAGAGCCGAAGAUGUUGGCUCGGUCAUGUGAUCAGCUGUGUCCAAUCACAGCUGAUCACAUGUGACAUGUACACUGAUCAUCAGGGCACUGACGAUCAGUGUGCCCUGAUGAUCUGUGUAGCCCCAGCAGUGCCACCUGUCAGUGUCCAUCAGUGGUGCCAGCUGUCAGUGCUCAUCCAUGCCACCUGCCAGUGCCCAUCAGUGCCACAUCAAUGCCACAUAUCAGUGCCUACCAGUGCACAUCAAUGUCACAUAUCAGUGCCCAUCUGAGCUGCCUUUCAGUGUCACCCAUCAGUGUGCACCAGUACCGCCUAUCAGUGCCACCUAACAGUGCCAGUCAGUGCCACCUAUCAGUGCCAUAUAUGAGUG